CCACAAGUAACACGUGGACUCCCGUUCUUCUUUGUGCUGACCUCAGCUCGAGUCCUGUUGCUUCUAACUCCUUUGUGGCUACGCAGAGCUUGACACUCGGUUGCCUGAAGCAGGACAUCCAUUUCUAUCUGCUCGCAAAUAAAUUUCAAGGACCUGGUAAGACGGUGAAGGUAAAUUGGGAAAUAUGAAAAUCGUUGCAAAAGCUGCGAAUUUGUGGAUGAAACUCAGUGUCCGAGUGGUGAUCCUUACGAGCCUAUCUCUGCAAGUCAUUCUCAUUUUUUUGGCACCCAUUCGAAAGAGGUGUUCAAACAGGUUGUUCAUGAUGCUCAUCUGGUUAGCUUACUUGGGUGCCGACUUGGUCUCUGACUAUGCCUUUGGACUCAUUUCUAGAGCCCAAGUAACUGGUGGUACUUCAGACUCCGAGGCUGAUGCAUAUGGUGACCUUUUGGCAUUUUGGGCUCCGUUUCUUCUGCUACAUCUCGGAGGACCAGACACCAUAACCGCUUUCGCGCUCGAGGAUAAUGAGCUGUGGCGUAGGCACUUGCUUAAUCUCUUAUUCCAGCUAGGCGUUGCAGGCUAUGUAUUUUAUCAAUCCUUCCCCAGUAGCAAGCUAGUUGUUCCGACCAUCCUCAUGUUCAUUGGCGGAACCAUUAAAUACAUAGAGCGAAUAAUUGCUCUGCAUCUCGCCAGCUUCAGUAAAUUCCGUGGUUCCUUGCUCCCACCUGCUGAUGCUGGGCCGAACUAUACCAAGCUCGAGGAAGAAUACGUUACCACCAAGAUAUUGUUCAUGGAGCCGGAGUCCAAAUUUAUAUCGGUACAUGUUGGAGCGGAAGAAGGAAAUAUUUUGGAGGACAGAACAGUGAUAAAAGAGGCGUUUCUUUACUUCAAAACCUUCAAAGGCCUCCUUGUGGAUCUCAUCUACAGCUUCCAUGAACGCGACGACAGCAACCAAUUUUUCGCGAGCAGAACCCCUAAGGAUGCUUUUCGGGUCAUUGAAGCUGAGCUCAACUUCUUUUAUGAUGUUCUUUAUACCAAGGCUGCCGUUAUUCACUGUCCAACAGGGUACCUUUUCCGAGCUAUCGCAAUUGGCUUCGUUGUUUCAGCUUUUGCAAGUUUCUACGUCCUGGACAAGCAUGAUUUUCAUGAAUAUGAUAUACAGAUUACAUACACCUUGCUCCUUGGAGCUAUUGGCCUGGAAUUUGUAGGUUUUGUUAGGCUCGUUUGCUCUGACUGGACAAUUGCAAAAAUAGCUACAGCUGAGGAACAUAGUAGAAGUUUGAUUAAAGGAAGCAUCUUCAUUAAGUUCCUCCUCAAAUUCAAAUCUGAAAGUUCACCAUUUGCAUUGCAUAUACUAAAUGCUAGAUGGUCUAAAUCUAUCUUCCAGUACAAUUUUUUAGAUACCCGGCUGAGAAAGUGGCCAAAAUGGAUUGAGAAACUCCUUGGUCUCAUAUAUCUGGGGGAAUUUUUUGAUGACUUGAAGUUUGGACGAGUAAAACAAUACAGUGAAAAAUUAGGUGAACUGAUUUUUGAUGAGCUGAAACGGAAAGCAUCUUUGGGAAGCACAAAUGAGAUUUGUGCUUCCCGAGGUAAAUGGGCUCUGGAGCAUACUGAAUCAGGGGAAAAUUGCCAAAAAUUGCUUCCAUUCGUCUGUGAUGUUGAUUAUGGAAAGAGCCUUUUACUGUGGCACAUCGCCACCGAACUCUGCUACAACACUGAUGAAAGUACAAACGACCACCGUAAAACCAGUAAGGUCUUGUCAGAUUACAUGCUUCAUCUUAUGAUCAAACAACCAGAUAUGAUGUCUGCAGUGGCUGGGAUUGGCCAAAUAAGGUUUCGAGACACUUGUGCUGAGGCAGACAGGCUCUUCGAUGAAACUAUCUUUGAUAAGAGCAAAACGAGCAAAGAGAAAGCCUGCCGAAUUCUCCUUUCUGUUCCUACAGAAUUGAAUCCAGCUGUACUGAAAGGAGACAGAAGCAAAUCUGCGCUCUUUGAUGCGUGUAUUCUCGCUAAAGAGUUGGUGAAAUUGAAGGACAAGAAGUGGGUCAUCGUGAGCGAAGUUUGGGUGGAAUUGCUGGCGUAUGCUGCGAUUCAUUGCCAACCGUUCAUGCAUGCUCAGCAACUUAGUAAAGGGGGAGAACUUCUCACCUUGGUUUGGUUAUUGAUGGUACAACUUGGCUUGAGCGAACAAUUCCAAAUAGAAGAUGGUCACCUUUCAGCUAGGGUGUACUGAUUGACAGUUGCCGAGUCGGCAAAAGAUGAGGCUCCUACGUGCAAAUUCAAUUGAAAAUCUCAUCGUAGGAACCUUUGUUUGAUUACACCUUAGUUUCGUUUGUUCUUGUGAUAAGUAAUGCUUAUUUGCUCUGACUGCACAAUACUGAGUGUCCUUCCCUGAAAACUUUAGCUGUUCAAUUUCUCUGA